AUGACUCUGGACUUCCACACAAACAAGAAGAUUCUGGAAGAAGUUGCCAUCAUUCCAUCAAAGCGACUUAGGAACAAGAUUGCAGGAUUCUCUACUCACUUGAUGAAGCGUAUUCAGAAAGGACCAGUGAGGGGAAUCUCAUUGAAGCUGCAGGAGGAAGAAAGGGAGCGACGUAUGGACUUUGUUCCUGAUGAAUCAGCCAUUAAGACUGAUCUGAUUGAGGUUGAUAAGGAGACCAUUGAAAUGCUUAAUGCUCUUGGCAUGGGUGAUCUUCCUGGUGUUGUUAAGGCUUCUGUGGAGCCACAGGCUUUGCCAUCUGUUCCUGCUUUUGGUAGGGGUGGUGGUGGUGGUGGUUUUGGAAGGAGAUAUUGA